GAUAAAGUUUUGCAUUCACAAAUCAUCGAAGUGCCUUUUAAAUCAAUCAGCAACAAUCAGCAUAAAACAUUCCACGAAACAAAUCGCUUCUCUUAACGUACGUUCGUUCGUUUUCCAACCUGGAAUCGUUUCUCAUGUUUCCACUUCGUGAUCGCAGUUUUAAUCGUUUACGGUGUAGAAUUGUCAGUAGCGCGAUUCUCGUUAAUAUUUGAUCAUUAGAUCUAUAUAUCUAUUGUUAUAAAGUUUUAUAAAUAAAAUAUACUCUAUGAAGAACACCUGUUGGAAGUCAAUCAAUCAAUCAACAAUCAAAUCAAUUGUUUAGCCAUUUCAGAACCGAAUUUCUUUUUAAUCUGUGCGAGAAAUUGUUCGUUGUCGAUUAUAAAUAAUAAAAUCAUAUUUUUUCAAAACUUUAAAAUUCGUAUUGAGAAAUUUUCACGGUUACGUCAAUUUUAAAUUUAAAUUUCCCGCCAAACAGCGGUGGCCAUUCUUGCUAAUCAUAUUAUCAAGAUUACAAAUCAGCUUGUUAUUGUUAUUUUAUAUUAGUAAACAACGUUUCGAUAAAAAAUUUAACAGAACGAACAAAAGCGAAGGAUGUAUGUGAUUAAUUUGGUAUCUGGUAUCUUUAAGGUCGAGUUAAUCUCAGAGAUAAGGUUAUUAGUUCAAGCUACUCCGCUGAGGUCAACAAGUUAGUUUUCUCUGAGUCGACUAGGAAUAUGGCAGGCUUCGCGCGAAGCUUUUUAUUUUUAUCAAGAUGCUGUCGAUUUUCUGGUGCAACUCCUUCGAGACGUAUCCUUCGUUUAUUUUAUGCAAGUACAAUUACGCCUGUGACAGUGAGGGAAGAUAAUUAUCUACAAUUUUAUCUUCAAUGGAAAUGUUCUAUUCAUUAUCACAUAUAUCGUUUGUGUUACUUACUGUUAUUAUUCUUAAUAAACGAUUCAACUUACCAGAAAUUUCAGUGUCGUUUGCAGUCAAAGGAAAGCCCACUUUCAAUUGGGAAGAUCCAUUCGAUCUCGAAUCUCAGCUCACGCAAGAUGAGAUUCUGGUGAGAGAUCAGUUUCGAUCUUAUUGCCGUGAGAAACUUUUGCCCCGUGUACUCGAGGCAAAUCGCAAGGAAAUCUUUCACAAAGAGAUCAUAAGGGAAAUGGGUGAAUUGGGCGCACUGGGCUGUACUAUGAAAGGGUACGGCGCGGCUGGCGUUUCCUCCGUAGCCUAUGGUCUCCUAACAAAGGAAGUCGAGGCUGUGGAUAGCGGAUAUAGAUCUGCUCUGUCGGUACAAUCUUCUUUGGUUGCUGGCGCUAUUUAUGAGCAUGGGGAUGAGGCGCAGAAGCAACGGUUUUUGCCAAAAUUGGUGUCUGGUGAAUUCAUCGGUUGUUUCGGGUUAACCGAACCCAAUCAUGGAAGCGAUCCAGGCUCCAUGGAGACCAAGGCAACUUAUGAUUCCGAUAGGAAGGUCUACAAACUUAAUGGAAGUAAAACAUGGAUUACAAACUCUCCGAUCGCCGAUAUACUAAUCAUCUGGGCCAAAUGCGAGGAUGGUGUCAUUAGGGGGUUCAUCGUGGAGAGGAAGGGCAACGAGAAGGGCCGACUGUCUACUCCAAAAAUCGAAGGCAAAUUCUCGUUAAGAGCUUCCGUCACUGGUAUGAUCCUGAUGGACAACGUGGAGGUGCCUGCAGAGAAUCUACUUCCAAAUACCCAGGGUCUCAAAGGACCGUUCGUUUGUCUGAACAACGCUCGAUACGGAAUCGGGUGGGGAGCUUUGGGUGCUGCCGAAACCUGCUUGAACAUCGUCAGAUCGUAUACUCUGGAAAGGAAGCAAUUUAACAGGCCGCUAGCUGCUAACCAAUUAGUGCAAAAAAAACUGGCUGACAUGAUGUGUGACAUCGCGUUCAGUCUUCAGGCUUGCCUGAGGGUGGGCAGGUUGAAGGACGAGGGCAAAGCGACACCGGAAAUGAUCUCUAUGAUAAAGAAGAAUUCUGCUACGAAGUCCCUGGAAAUCGCGAGAGUUGCCAGAGAGAUGUUAGGUGGCAAUGGAAUAUCGGACGAGUAUCAUGUUAUUAGACAUGUAAUAAAUUUAGAAAGCGUUAUUACCUACGAAGGUACGAGCGAUAUUCAUGCUUUGAUACUUGGCAAAGCUAUUACUGGUAUACAAGCCUUCUCUGCGUGAACAGUGAAUCCAGAACAGUGAAUCAACCAAAAAAAUGUUCAUUCAUUAUAUAAUUACACUCUUUUUAUACAAAUUA